UGAAGUGAUUGCUAUGUUACUUUUUGAGUCUCCUUUUUUUUGUAAUUUACCACAAGAUCUGUAUCUCUAUUUUCGUCCUACGUCGACCGUUCAUAUUACAGUGACACAUUGUAAGAUACACAUGACAUAACAAUGACUGUGGGUGGCAAGAUGAAAGAGGCUGGCCAACAGAUUGCUGCUGGAGGUUCAGCAGGUCUUGUUGAGGUCAGCCUAAUGCAUCCUCUUGAUGUCAUAAAGACAAGGUUUCAGAUCCAGGGAGGGCCUCAAGGAGAGAUGUACGGCACGUCAAUGGUCGACCUGGUCAAGAAAAUGUACAGAACAGAAGGAGCUCUUUCAGUCUACAAGGGAAUCCUUCCUCCAAUCUUAGCUGAGACACCCAAAAGAGCUGUCAAGUUUUUCACGUUUGAGCAGUAUAAAUCAGUCUUUCUAUUUGGUGCUCCAUCCCCGACUGCACUGACGUUUACGUUAGCGGGACUCUGUUCUGGUCUGACGGAAGGUUUCAUCAUCAACCCGUUUGAAGUGGUCAAGGUUCGAUUACAAGCCGAGAGACUUAGAUUCUCACAGCAAACAAGUGCUUUCACAUUAGCCAGGAGUGUGUUCAGAGAGAAUGGCUUUGGGCGGAACGGUUUCUACAAAGGACUUACAGCAACUCUAGGGCGACAUGGUGUAUUCAACAUGAUCUAUUUUAGUUUUUAUCACAACAUUAAACAGUACUUUCCAGAAGCAAAGUCUCCCAAGUUGGAAUUUGGUCGCAAGUUUGCCAUCGGUCUUUGCGCUGGAACGCUAGCAUCUACUAUCAACAUUCCCUUCGAUGUUGCUAAGAGUAGGAUACAAGGACCACAGCCAGUACCAGGAGAGGUCAAGUAUAGGACCUGCUUCAAGACUAUGAAGACAGUGUAUGCUGAAGAGGGAUUCUUUGCAUUGUACAAGGGUCUUCUGCCUAAGAUCAUGCGGCUAGGACCAGGAGGGGCCAUCAUGCUUCUAGUAUAUGAACAUGCCUAUGACUGGCUCAAACACAACACAUAAUACUACCCACCGCACAAUGGACCAAGUCAGCUGUUUUUAUUGCAUCUUGUUGCAACCAUCUCUAGUUUCCCUCCAUACGGAUCAGUGUAACCAAACAGAGGCUGGGAGGGAAAAUAGUCUGGUCCCUUUAAAGCAUAAUGACACUAAGUGUUUAUUAUAGUGCUACAGAGUACAGGAACAUGACAAAGAGGGUGGCAGCUUGACAAUAGACCUUAUCGCAAUAACUCGGUGCGCGCGCUGGAGGCGUUGAAUGAGGUGCAUGUUGGUCUAGCAAUCACUCAAGAUUGAUCCCUAGCUAGACUAGCAUGCACCUCAUUCAACAGUUAGCACUUGCGCAAUGAGUGUUUGCGAAAAGGUCUAUGGUUAUCAUUUCUCUUCUGCCGUAAUUCAACUUGAUUUCCUGCCAUCUCGCAAAUUGAAUUCACAUAACUGUAUUAGAAUAAUCUUUGUAAAAUUAUUGCCAUUUUGAAUGCCAGAGGUGAUGAAUUAUAUGCUGUGAUACACUUUAAAAGUGACUGGUUCUAUACCAUGUUGACAAUUUUUAUUUCUCUAAACUGUACAGAUCGGAAUCCCAUUUUGGUUCUAAAUGUGCUGUCGCUACUUCAUAUUGAAAGUAAACUCAACACACAGACUUCAGUAGUGUCAGCUAUUUUGAAGUCCAACAUAUUUGCCGCAGGACUUAAUAAUCAGCAAAUUAGACAGCUGACUAUCUUGUAAUCUGUAAAUAGCUAUAAGUGAAAUCCUGUUUAGAUUUACUAUUACUUCAAUUCUAGUUGGCUGACUUCAACCAACCUUCACUUUGAUCAGGCAAAAUGAUGGUAAAGUCUUUCAGGUUUACUAGUUUUGUUUGUUUCAUCUUGAUUAGUUUGCAGUCCAAAUUGCUCAAUGCUGGUCUGGAUAGAGGGAGAGUCAAGCUGUAGGUCAGUGUACUAGGAUUUGUAGUGUUAAACCCUGGUGUUUUUCUUUACUGCACAACUAAUGAUUUUUUUUUGUCAGUGAAGGAAAAACUCAGACUGAAUAAUAUUUUUAUAUUUCUCAGGUUAUUGGUUUUAAUGCAUUACAGGUAAAUUUUGGAUACUUAAGAAUAGAAAUAAACAAUUGGAGUUUCUUCAUUGUAUACAUAGGAUAGCUUUUCUUGAUAGUUUAUAUAUUUUAUGCUGGUACUGGAUUAAAUAUAUUUUUACCCAAAUCCUUCCGAAAAUCUUGUAAAUUGGUGGAUGUCAGUGUAAUUAUGUAUGAGAGACAUUGGUUUAUAUUUUUUAGCUGUCAAGGAUACGUUCACCAGUAUUUUGCAAAGUUUGUACAUGUAGAUCGCGAAGUCUAGCCAUUUUAAAUCAGUUAAUGUUAAUGUUUUGUACUCCCCAGGUAAAGGCAGUGGACACUAUUGGUAUCCACUCAAAAUCAUUAUUGGCAUAAAACCUGA